AUGGCACGGUUCGGCUUGCCCGCGCUGUUCUGCACCCUGGCCGCGCUCUGCGCCGCACUGCUGGCUGCCGAGCCCAAGUCGAAAAGUUGCUCGGAAGUGCGACGUCUCUACGUGUCCAAAGGCUUCGACAAGAACGAUGCCCCCAUGCACGAGAUCAACGGUGAUCAUUUGAAAAUCUGUCUCCAGGGUUAUACCUGCUGCUCUCAAGAGAUGGAGGAGAAGUACAGCCUACAAAGUAAGGAGGAUUUCAAAACUGUGGUCAACGAACAGUGCAAUCAUUUACAAGCUGUAUUUGCCUCCCGCUACAAGAAGUUUGAUGAAUUCUUCAAAGAACUACUUGAAAAUGCGGAAAAGUCCCUGAAUGACAUGUUUGUGAAGACAUACGGCCACUUGUACAUGCAGAAUUCUGAGCUAUUUAAAGAUCUCUUCGAAGAGUUGAAGCGCUACUACGUGGCAGGGAACGUGAACCUGGAAGAAAUGCUCAAUGACUUCUGGGCCCGCCUCCUGGAGCGCAUGUUUCGCCUGGUGAACUCCCAGUACCACUUCACAGACGAGUAUCUGGAGUGCGUGAGCAAGUACACAGAGCAGCUUAAGCCCUUUGGAGAUGUCCCUCGGAAACUGAAGCUCCAGGUCACUCGUGCAUUUGUGGCAGCCCGCACUUUUGCUCAGGGCUUAGCAGUUGCAAGAGAUGUAGUGAGCAAAGUCUCAGUGGUGAAUCCCACCACCCAGUGUACCCACGCCCUGGUGAAGAUGAUGUACUGCUCCCACUGCCAAGGUCUCGUGACUGUGAAACCCUGUUACAACUAUUGCUCCAACAUCAUGAGAGGCUGUUUGGCCAACCAAGGGGAUCUUGAUCUCGAGUGGAACAAUUUCAUAGAUGCUAUGCUGAUGGUGGCCGAGAGGCUGGAGGGUCCUUUCAACAUUGAGUCAGUCAUGGAUCCCAUCGACGUGAAGAUAUCAGAUGCUAUCAUGAACAUGCAGGAGAACAGUGUGCAGGUAUCUCAGAAGGUUUUCCAGGGAUGCGGACCCCCCAAGCCCCUCCCAGCCGGUCGGAUAUCCCGUUCCAUCUCAGAAGGCACCUUCAGUGCCCGCUUCAGGCCCUUCCAUCCUGAGGAGCGCCCCACCACAGCAGCUGGCACCAGUUUGGACCGAUUGGUUACUGAUGUCAAGGAGAAACUGAAGCAGGCCAAGAAGUUCUGGUCCUCUCUUCCUAGCAAUGUCUGCAACGAUGAGAGGAUGGCUGCAGGGAAUGGCAAUGAGGAUGACUGCUGGAAUGGAAAAGGCAAAAGCAGGUACUUGUUUGCUGUGACAGGAAAUGGUCUGGCCAACCAGGGCAAUAAUCCAGAGGUCCAGGUUGACACCAGCAAACCGGACAUACUGAUCCUUCGUCAAGUCAUGGCUCUUCGAGUUAUGACCAGUAAGAUGAAGAAUGCUUACAAUGGGAAUGAUGUGGACUUCUUUGAUAUCAGUGACGAAAGCAGUGGAGAAGGAAGUGGUAGUGGAUGUGAGUCUCAGCAGUGUCCUUCGGAGUUUGAAUAUAAUGCAACUGACCACUCUGGGAAGAGUGCCAAUGAUAAAGCCAGCAGCGCUGGGGUCCCCACUGGGGCCUGGCCCUACCUCCUCACUGCCUUCUGCAUCUUAGCCCUGGUUAUGCAGAGAGAGUGGAGAUAA